CUUCGCUGUUGCCUUUUCCUCCUCCUCCUCCUCCUCCUUCUUCUUCCCGAAACAGAUUGGAACCCAUUUGCCUUCACCGAUCCCGACGACGAUGGAGCUCGAGAAGAUUCGGCCGACGAUCUCGGUGGCUGCAAUUCUCAAGACGCGUUGAGUUCCAUGUUGUUGCUCGUGCCUAUGAGGAGAGUCAGAUUCAUAUAGUGUACCUGGGUGAGAAACAGCAUGAUGAUCCCGAGCUCGUCACUGAUUCCCAUCAUAAAAUGCUGGAAUCGGUUUUCGGAAGCGAGGAAUCUGCACGUGAGUCGCUCAUCUAUAGUUACCGGCAUGGAUUUUCUGCCUUUGCAGCCAAGCUUACAGACUCCCAAGUAAAGAAACUUUCAGUUCAUCCCGAUGUCAUCGGUGUCAGACCAAAUAGGAACCUUAAGAUGCUCACAACAAGGGUUUUUGACUACUUGGGCCUUUCACCGAGUUUGCCAACCGGACUUCUCCCUGACACCAACAUGGGCAGAGAUGUUAUCAUCGGUGUUAUUGAUUCGGGGAUAAUGCCGGAAUCUGAGUCAUUCAACGAUGAAGGGCUGGGACCGAUACCAAAACACUGGAAGGGACAGUGUGUGGCCGGGGAUAAUUUCGACCCAGCAAAGCAUUGCAACAAAAAGCUAAUAGGAGCAAGGUACUAUAUGGAUGGUUUCAAAGAAAAGAAUGGCGCUGAAAUUGCGUUCGAUGAUGAGUAUAAGUCCCCUAGAGAUGCUUAUGGCCAUGGAACAGCUUGUGCCUCGAUAGCUGCGGGUUCUAUUGUUCCGAACGCAAGCUAUCGGGGUAUGGCUAGAGGAGUCAUGAGAGGGGCGGCUCCUAGGGCUCGUAUUGCUUCGUACAAGGUGUGCUGGUUAAAGGGAGCAAGCUGUGGCUUGGCAGAUACGGUCAAAGCGUUCGACGAUGCUGUACACGAUGGCGUCGAUGUAUUGUCUAUCUCGCUCGGUGGCCAAUCUCCCGUGGAUUCGGAAAUCGAUGGAACCGAUGAUAUAGCUUUGGGAGCAUUCCAUGCGGUAACAAAGGGUAUUCCGGUAGUAGCUGCCGCUGGUAAUGCAGGGCCUGAUGCUCAGACUCUGGCUAAUGUAUCUCCGUGGAUCUUGACAGUGGCGGCAACUACCCUUGACCGUUCAUUUUCCGUGGUUAUCACGCUCGGGAAUAAUCUGACAAUUCGGGGUCAAGCUGUAUAUAAUCGCUCGGCAGUAGUAUCCGAGGUGGUUCACAUAGAUGAUUGGAACAGCAACACCAGUAGCUUACAAGGAAAAGUCGUGCUGAUAUUUUUGAAAAACGAAAUGGAUGUAUUCAUGGGUACGUCACAAGCAAUGAGGACCCGCCCUGCUGGGGUGAUUUAUGUGAAGCCUUCUGAUAGUAUGUUUGAAUCUUUCAUCGGGAUCCCAGAAAUCUCCGUGAAUUAUGAAGCUGGAACUAAGAUAUUGCGAUACAUCCGUUCAACGAGUUCACCCACGAUUAGAAUCAGCUCUACAGAGACGCCCGUAGGGCGACCUAUUCCGACUAGAAUCGCGGGGUUCUCAAGUAGAGGACCAAAUUCGCUUUCUCCGGCCAUCCUCAAGCCAGACAUAGCGGCCCCGGGUUCACAAAUACUGGUGGCUAGUAUUAUGAGUAACCCCAGGUUUGACACCGGGAUUUCCUUGAACACGGGAACAUCGUAUUCAGCUCCUGCUGUUGCGGGAAUCGUAGCACUUCUCAAAUCUUUACACCCCGACUGGUCUCCUGCCGCGCUUAAAUCCGCCGUUAUCACAACAGCAUGGAAAACUGACCCAUAUGGACAGCCUAUCUUCUCUGAGGGAUCAUCCCAGAAGCUCGCCGAUCCAUUCGACUAUGGUGGAGGACUUAUCAACCCGGAGAAAGCACGAGAUCCCGGUCUUGUUUAUGACAUGGGCAUCGAGGAUUACAUCCACUAUUUCUGUGCCAGAUCUUACAACGACUCUGCCAUCUCGAAGCUCGUCGGGAAAUCGGUAACGUGCCCGUCUCCAAGGCCAUCGAUUCUCGACGUCAAUGUACCGUCAAUCACGAUUCCAGAUCUCGACGAAGAGGCGGUCACCGUGACAAGGACGGUGACUAACGUAGGACCUGUGGACUCUGUGUACAGAGCCGUUGUCGAGCCUCCUCUUGGUAUAAACAUUCUGGUUAAACCAGAAGCUUUGGCCUUCAAUUCCGACACAAAGAAACAGACGUUUUCGAUGAGUGUUUCGACCAGUCAUAAGACCAACACCGGAUUCUUCUUUGGAAGCCUCGUUUGGACAGACGGGACAAGAAAUGUGUCUGUUCCUUUGUCUGUUCGGACACAACUCGUAAAGCCUUAAAGAGACCUCCCAAGCUAUUGGAACCGUGAAACAGAUGCUCUGUAUUUGUAAAUGUUUUGAGUGAUUGUGUGCUGAAACUCUUAGAUUUGUUGGGUUUUAUUUAUUUAUUUAUUUUAGUGUGUUAAUAAUAUCUUCUGAGUUGAGUUUU